CUCAUCACGUGACACAGACACGGUCCGGGCCUACAGGCUACAGCUGCGCAGAGUGUGAGGAGUGUGUCGGUAAAUUUCACAGGCACUUCCGUCCGGGGGAGUGCCACUCCGACUCCAUAAUCAAUUAUUAUUAAGGCAGGGAAGCUUGCUCGCUCGCUCGCUGACUCUUCACCUCUAUCAAGCUGUGGAACUGAGCAGGUCCUGACUGAUCCUGAGCUCCGGUUUACAUAGGCAUUGGCAUGAGCUCCCUUGACCAACAGCAUCUCUUCCUAGGCUGGAACUGGAUCCUCCUGGUUCCAGCCAUCAUGAUGACCAUGACGAGCCUGGCUGGCGCGCGUCACGUCCUCCUCUCCUCAGUCCCUAUUCCCUCGGCUCAGCCUAUUUCCAAUACAACUGCUACCAACGCGACAGAACAGUUCCUCACGGUCCACAACAAAGCCCGGGCGGCAGUCAAUGUGGCACCUCUGAGUUGGAGUCCGAAGCUUUACUCGGACGCGAGCCUGUUCGUCAGAUACCAGCGGGACAAAAAAGGUUGUGAGUUCGCAGAUCUAGGUUCCAGCCCGUACGGGGCAAACCAGGCCUGGGCGAGCUACCCGGCCAGCCCUUUGGAAGUGGUGGGCUCAUGGGCGGAUGAGAAACAGUAUUACAACCACGCCAAGAAUACAUGCGAGGCAGGGCACGAGUGCGGCACAUACACACAGGUGGUCUGGCGGAAAACCACCCAGGUUGGGUGCGCACAGGCCACUUGCGCCAAAGAAGGGGCCACGCUCACCAUCUGCCUCUACUUCCCUCAUGGAAAUGUGCAGGGCCAGAGCCCUUACUAGCUUAGGUCGCCUCUCCAGUCUCCGCCUACUGUAUGUUAUGCUUGCUUAUUUUGUGGGAUUGUGCCUUAGUUUUCACCUGCUUGUUUAUUA